AUGGCAAACCUACCGUCAGAACGUGUAUCGCAAGCACCGCCAUUCGUGAAGGUUGGUGUGGACUAUUGCGGGCCAUUCUUCGUUGCCAACUCCAACCGACGCGCAGCUCCACGGAAAUAUUUUCUCGCUGUCUUCGUGUGCUUGGUGACUAAGGCAGUUCACCUUGAACUGGUUGGAGAUCUGACCAGUGCUGCCUUUAUUGCUGCGUUCAAACGUUUUGUCGCACGUCGAGGUAAACCCGUCCUGGUAAUGUGUGACAAUGCUCUCAAUUUUGUCGGAGCAAGACGUGAGCUCAGCGAAUUGCACCGAUUGUUUCGCAACCAACAAUUCCAGGAGUCAGUUGCAGAAAGCGCAGAAGAAGACGAAAUUGAAUUCCGAUUCAUUCCGGCAAGAUCGCCCAACUUCGGCGGCCUCUGGGAGGCCGCGGUCAAAUCGUUCAAAGGCCAUUUCAAGCGCACCGUCGGGUCGAAGAUUCUGCCAUACGACGCCAUGCAUACAGCAAUCGUGCAAAUAGAAGCGAUCCUGAAUUCCCGUCCGCUGACACCCGUUAGCAGUGAUCCAAUGGACUUCGAGGCAUUGAACCCAGGUCAUUUCCUCAUUCAGAGACCACUAACCGCUGUUCCCGAACCAGACCUCAGCCAUCUUCCGAAAAACCGCCUUUCACUGUGGCAAGAAAUGCAAGACUUCGUGCAGCACAUGUGGAAAGUAUGGUCAAGGCAAUACUUGUCCGACCUCAACAACCGAACGAAGUGGACACGUCGGCGAAACAAUAUCUCUGUCGGUACAAUGGUUGUUGUAAGGGAAGAUAAUCUUCCCCCACUGAAAUGGAAGUUGGGGCGAAUAGUACAGGUCCACGUGGGUACCGAUGGAAACAUCCGCGUGGUUACGGUUAAAACACAGGAUGGCCUGUUCCGUAGAGCAAUAUCCAAGAUAUGUGUCCUUCCCAUCCGGGACAAUCAAACUGAUUCCACUACUGAAGAUCAUUGA